AUGGCGGCCGCCGCUGAUGUUCGCGACAUGCUGGACUUGCCCGCCGAGGGCCAGCCCAGACCGACCAAGAAGCAAAAAGUCGUCGAGAAACGACCGGAGGGUAUAACCCGUGAAUUGUAUGCACUGCUCGGCGAACGUGCACCCCCAAUUGCUAUCAAUGAGAACAAAUACAAGGGGCGCCCAAAAUGGAUGAACAAGCUGCGAGUCCGACCAUGGCGUAUGUCGCCCUUCACCAACAGUGCCCGCGACGACGGCCUGGUUCUUAACCACUGGCAACGGAAACACGAAUCGAAACAGCCCGUUUUGCCCGAAGGGUCCCAAAUGGAAGUGGAUGGAAUGAAAGAGGAAGGAAAGGAAGAAGCGCCCAAACACCAGGAGCAGGAAUAUACAUUCUCCAAGUACAACAUCAAGGCCCGGGUACCACGGCGAUACACGGACGAAGAAUACAACCGACAUUUGAAAAGUGAUGAAUGGACCCAAGAGGAAACGGAUUAUCUCAUGGACCUCGCUUCAGAAUAUGACUUGCGUUGGGUCAUCAUUGCAGAUCGCUACGACUAUCAACCACACCUGGACUCCACUCCAGAUGCCAAUGCGAUUGUACCGGCCAAGCAGUACCGGACAAUGGAGCAUAUAAAGGCACGCUAUUAUUAUGUGGCCGCAACUAUGCUGGCAAUUGAGCAUCCCCCGUCUGAGAUGUCGGAGGCUGAAUUCGAAUUACACGAAAAAAUGCUGAAGUUCGACCCAGACCGUGAACGGGAUCGCAAGGAGCUGGCUGCUUUGCAAUUGAAUCGCACUGCAGACGAGGUCCGGGAGGAGGCCAUGCUGCUAGAGGAACUGAAACGUAUCACAAGCAACGAGCAGACGUUCAUCACCGAGCGUCGCGAACUCUACUCCCGCCUCGAGGUCCCCAUCAGUGUCGGCAACACCACAAUGUACCAGUCGAGCCAAGGCCUCUCCCAACUUCUCCAAACCCUUCUCCAAGCCGACAAGAGCAAGAAACGUCGCUCGAUUCUCGGUCCAGAGGGUGCUGUCGCCAGCCCCGCUGGCCAGACUCCUACCCAGGCGACUGCCAUGGGACGCGCCGAAACACCCAGCACAAACCCUCCCCCGCCACCAAGAAAGGCUCUAUCACAGCCCAGCCACAGCAGACGGCACGAACUCUCACCCCAGCAGAGGAAGCUCGCCAAAUCAAACGUGCAGACACAGAAGCUGGCCGGGGCCCUGGCUGAGCUUGAGAUCCCUGUGCGCUUGUUCAUGCCUACCGAGCGCGUGUGCAAGGACUUUGAGAAGCUCAUCCAGUCUGUUAAUCUCCUCCUGGAUGCCCGCAAGGUCUCCGAGAAAGUCGAGAGCGAGAUCCGGGUCCUUGAAGCUGCCAAGGCGGACCGGGAGCGUAAGAAUGCCCCUGAGUCUGCUGCUAAAGAUCCUGACAACCCAGAAGUCAAGACAGAGGCCGAAGAAGGCGGCAAUGGCGUGUUAGAGUCGACUGCUGCGGACGGGGCUGAGGCUUCGACGGCCACUGCAGAGGGCGAGGCAGACCAAGCCAAUGGAGAUGAUGCUGAUGACAGGGCACCUGAAGAGACACCUGCCAAAGAGGAUAGCACUCAUAAGCGGUCCGCCAGUGUACUGAGCAGUGUUAGUGACAAAAGCUCUAAGCGACAGCGACGCUAG